AUCUUCAGAAAACAAUUUGAAGAAAUGGCUUCUUAUUUUAAUUUGUCUCCUAUAAAGGAAUUUGCUAAACAUAUAGCUAAUGCCACAUCAGAAGAACGACAGAAAAUGCUAAGAGACUUUUAUGCUUCUCAGUAUCCAGAGGUAAAAGAAUUUUUUGUGGAUUCUGCUCCAGAACUCAUUAAAUCUGCCUGUGACAAGGGAAAGACAGUCAGGAAAAAGUCUAAAAAAAGAGAAUCUCUUAUAAAAGAAAGGCUGUCAGAUUCUGAAGCUUUGUCAUUUAAAGAUUCUACCAAAAACAUUUCUCAAAUUUGCAGCCCAAAAAUAUAUAAAGGAAAAUCAAUUAAGUUUCAAAAUCGUGGUUCCUGUACAGAGGAGGUACUUUCCAAUGAUGCCAAAACUAAGAAAUUACCUAUAAACUCUACCCUAGGGACUGACAAUGGGAAGAACAGCCAAACAGCCAGAGAGACUGUAGCACCCUGUUCCCUCAACAGUACGUCUGAGUCAUAUGUAUUAGAAGGCCUAGAAUAUACCGAGACCGACCAACAGGACCUCACAGGAAUGGGCGUUCCAACAGAACCCCUUUACAGUGUGGAGAACAGAAAGAUAGAAAAUGUGGUGUUAGAAAACACUUCUGUGGUAGGGUUACUUGGUGACACCUCUAUUCUCGACGACCUCUUUAAAAGUCAGGGCAACAGUCCUGCACUCCUGCCAAGGAAAGUUUUCUCAGGACCCAUGGAGAAGGCAAAACGGAGACCGAGAGAUUUCUGGGACAUCUUGGAUGAGCAGAAUGACGACCGUCUUAGGAAGCUCACCGACUUGGCCACGAUCGAGACUCUGUGUGAAAAAGUGCCCUUUGCUGCAUCAUCCAAAAAGAAAGAGGACCUGGAAACCUCUCUUUGGAAAUCAAAUGAGAAAUUUUUGUGGAAGAAAUUUAACUCCAGUGAUACAGGUGAAAGCACAACUAAUACCCAGGAGUAAAUAUAAAUAACAAGUAGGUGAUUUCCACAUUACUUAGGUUUUUUUGAACACAGUUGUUAAUAUACAUUUUAAUUAAACUCUUAUCCUAGGGGUUUUUUUAAUGUCUAAAACAUUAUCAUGUAUUUGUUUUCAUUGAUAACUGAUUUGAUCUUUUAAAAGAUGUGAUUUAUUAUAGUAUAAGCCUGUUAUGAAGUAGAAAAGAUCAUAGGUUUGUUGGAGACCGGGGGCAUCUCUCUUACUAUGUCUUUGUGUGGCCUUAGGUAAGUCUCAUGCCCUGGCAUGCAGCUGUAUUCUAAUAUGGAAGAUGAUGAGUGUCUUUUCAAUUCAAAAUAAAUGGAUUCAGUUAAUUCUGGGGUUCAGUUCCCCAGAUCCCAUUACACAGGCACAUUAACCUUGCCCCCAGAUCAGGGGCACAUUGAUGUGUUUCUUACUAGCACUUGGAAAAUUAUUGUUAACUAUUUUCUUCUUCCCUCAGUAUCAUGCACUAUUAAAUUAUUUUAAGUGGAAAUAAUAACUAGCACUGAAUAUAUGUGUUUGUUAAAAUAGUAAGUUCGUACUGCUCAGAAUCAAAAGGUCAGUGUUGUAUCACUUUAUAUGAGAUAGGAUGUUGAAGGAAUAUAGUUACUAUCAUUAACCACAGGACGCCAAUGCCUCAAUUUUUUAUACAACUAUUAUAAUUUAAUCAAUAUAAAUAAAGCUUUGUAUAGUAA